AUGAGAGGCUGCACCCUACGAAACAGGACGAAUGAGCAGAAGACGACGCUGAUGGAAAUGUUGUUCCAACAUACUCUCGCCUUCGGGUAUGCAUUACCAUGCUUAAGCCAAAACUUCGGAACGUUUGCUGGCACCAAUGAUAGGAUGCGUUUACCGUUGGAUGGCCCGCAUUCUAGAUCACCACAUAAACGUGCUAUUCUCAUGUGGAGCGCAUGUAUCCUCUUUUGCAUUGCUCUCUGUGACGCAGGACCCAAUGUUUCUCAGGUAUCACAACCCUGGGAGACUGCUGGCCGAGACGAAGGAUGGAAGCCAGGUGAUUUUGAGCCUCUUAAGUCAAUUCACAACACUACGCCUUUGACAUUCCAUUUGAGAUGA